CCCUGGGCUGACUUUUAUUUCUGCUAUAGCAAUAAAAAAUGAGUGUACUGUAUCGUGUUGUUAAAAGUUACUAUGCAACAAUAAGGUACAGUAACUUCAAGUAGUAAGGUGUAGGUUUAUUUGUUAUAGAUGUGCGAUACUUAGGCUGCACUGUGGUACAGUAAAAAUUGUAAAAGACAAUUGCCACUCGAUCCAACACAACUAUUGUAGAUCUUCUCAAAGUGGGUGACUUCUAUCCAUUAAGUUUCAGUAUGAAUUAGGUACUUUACUAUCAAAAUGGCGGAGCAAGAUGAUCUCACUAAACUAACGAGACACACAAUUACCAUCAAAAGGCCAAUUAAAGAGAUCGAUCUCCUGCUGGUUGGUAAAACUGGUCAUGGGAAAAGUUCCACAGGUAAUACCAUACUUGGAAGGAAUGUGUUUGAAACCUCGAGCAAUACGACAUCUUUGACCAAGACACCUGUCUAUGACGUGAGCAGGUACCGAAACUACGUCAUCAAAGUCAUGGACACGCCUGGUGUUAUGGAUACUUCAGAAAUACAAGACUCAAUAGCGGCCUCACAGCUUGUCAUGGACCAAAUGAAAGAUGCUGUUAUUUUGAAUCCAAGAGGUUACCAUGCCUUCUUGCUUGUCUAUAAAUUCGGUAUUAGAUUCACGAAAGAAGAAUUUGAGUCAGUCAGAUUGCUAAAACAAAUAUUCGGGGAAAGUUUUGUGCAAAGAUUUUGCAUUGUUAUUGUAACUUGCGGUGACCAUUUUCGAACAGAAUGUAAACUAAAAGGCUUAAGUUUUAAGAGAUGGAGGACUGACCAGCAAGGUUAUUUUAAAGAGCUAAGACUCGAAUGUCAAGAUCGGGUCAUUCUCUUUGACAAUUCCUCUCAGCGUGAUGCAAAAACACAUAACAAACAAAUGAAAAAGCUUUUAAAAUGUGUAGAACAUUUAAACAAUGACGGCAAUCGCUACACUGACAAGCAUUUUCAUAAAGCCCAAAAAAGUCGUGACUUUUUACUGAAGGAGACUCAAAUGGAGAAGAUUGAUCGAGGAUUGGAAGAAGUCAGCGUUAUAUUGGGCCUGUACAAGUCAAUAACUGACUAUGGCCAGAAGGAUCGCAGAGAAAAUUUUCAAGAAAUCUGCGAUGAUUGUGAAACCAUAUCUCAGCAAUUUUCAGAGAACGAAGUUAAAUUGUCAACUGUUAAAGAUUUUCUAAAUCUAAUUUCAGACAUACAGACAUCGAGCAGCAACUUCGCUCAAAAAACGGAAGAUAUUCAAAAGAAACUGGCCAUAAAUAAACAGUACCUUAAGCAAGAGUCUCAGCGAAUAAAGAGCGUGUUAAAUGCGUAUACAACAGUUACAACUAUUGGUAAAGUCGAAGGCGUUAACGAAAAAAAUUUGGUUAGUUUUACUACGAGAAGUGAAAAGGUGGAUGGGGCAUCAAAUGUCAAUGAGGGGGAUCAAGUCUUGGAAGACGAUGGACAAAUUGAGUCAGAGGUUAAAGGUGAAAGCGAUGAUUGUAUCUCGAAUUUAGAGGAGGUAACUCUAAGAAAUAAAAGCAGCACAAUAAGCAGAAAGCGGGAAGAUGAAUCUAAAGUGCUAAAAGAUGAAGUUAUUAAGCAAUUUGAGCCUGACGGUGUCAUGCAACGACUGAUAGCUGAUGAGAGAGAACUACAGAAGCAGCUGAAAGACAUUGAUUCUGAGAUUGCGGUGGAGUUACGAAAACAUUGGAACAGCCACAAAUUAAUUCAAGACAAAUGUGACAGCCUUUUGGUGUCCAGGAGUGCAUGUCAAAUAAUAUGAGUUGUAAAAAAAGAACACUCUCUUACAUUAAUUACAUUUUUCCAGACCUCUGUUUUUUUGUUUAUUUUGUAAUUAUUUUUUAAUUUAGAAAUCAACAUUCUAAGGCUUAAUAGCUUAGAAAAAUAUAAUGAAACGUUAUGAAACGA